AACUGACCUACUAACACACAUCUCCCCGCGCGGCCACGGCGCCCGCGGACCCGGCGCGCCGCCCGCCUCCUGCGCCGCUCCCUCCCGCCGCCGCCCCGGAGUGCCGGCCGAGCUGAGCCGAGCUCCGAGCGCCGCCAGGCCCGCUUUCAGCCGCCCGCUCUUUCUCCCCGCCGACCCGCGAGCAGGAACACGGUAACCUGGAAGACUCCUACUGCAUUCAGUAAGAGGAGCCGGAGAGAUUCAUUAUUGACAGGAGAACCAAAGGAUGAAUACUGAUGGAUGUUAACCCCCAGUUUUCAAAGCAUUUGAGAAUCCUGGGAAAAUAAUUUGUUCUCCUGCACUGCACAUACAGGUUAAGGUCGUUUCUGAUGCAGCUGAGAAAAAUGCAGACCAUCAAGAAGGAACAGGCAUCUCUUGAGGCUGGUAGCAGUGUGGACAAGAUGUUGGUGCUCAAUUCUGCUUUAACCGAAGUCCCUGAAGACUUGGCGACAGGAGAAGAGCUGGUUCUAAAUGAGGGAAGUGUGGGGAAAAACAAAUCUUCAGCGUGUCGGAGGAAACGGGAAUUUAUUCCCGAUGAGAAGAAAGAUGCCAUGUACUGGGAAAAAAGGCGGAAAAACAAUGAAGCUGCCAAGAGGUCUCGUGAGAAGCGUCGACUGAAUGACCUGGUUUUAGAGAACAAACUAAUUGCUUUGGGAGAAGAAAAUGCCACUUUAAAAGCUGAACUGCUUUCCCUAAAAUUAAAGUUUGGUUUAAUUAGCUCUACAGCCUAUGCACAAGAGAUUCAGAAACUCAGUAAUUCUACAGCUGUGUACUUUCAAGACUACCAGACUUCCAAGUCCAGCGUGAGCGCCUUUGUGGAUGAGCCCGAGCCCGCCAUCGUGGCGAGCAGCUGCAUUUCUGUGAUUAAGCACUCUCCGCAGAGCUCUCUGUCUGACGUUUCAGAAGCAUCCUCGCUGGAACAUUCACAGGAAGGCCCUGCGCAGGGAGGCUGCAGAAGUCCAGAAGGCAAGUUCCAGGUCAUCAAGCAAGAGCCAAUGGAGCUGGAGAGCUAUGCCAGGGAGCCAAGAGAUGAGCGGGGCACCUACCCCACAUCUGUGUAUCAGAACUACGUGGGCAGCUCCUUUCCUGGCUACUCACACUCUCCCCCGCUGCUGCAGGUCACCCGCUCCUCCAGCAACUCCCCUCGGACGUCAGAAACCGAUGAGGGCACAGUGGGGAAGUCCUCUGACGGGGAAGACGAGCAGCAGGUCCCCAAGGGCCCCAUCCACUCCCCUGUUGAACUCCAACGCGGGCACGCCACUGUGGUGAAAGUGCCCGAAGUGAACUCCUCUGCCUUGCCACACAAGCUUCGGAUUAAAGGCAAGGCCAUGCAGAUUAAAGUGGAAGCAUACGACAAUGACUUUGAUGCCACGCAAAAACUUUCCUCGCCUAUUGACAUGACAUCUAAGAGACAUUUCGAACUCGAGAAGCAUAACGCCCAGAACAUGGUGCAUUCUUCUCUGCCUCCUUUUUCAGUACAGGUGACGAACAUUCAAGAUUGGUCUCUCAAAUCAGAACACUGGCAUCAAAAAGAACUUAAUGGCAAGACACAGAGUAGUUUCAAAACUGGAGUGGUUGAAAUGAAAGACAAUGGCUAUAAAGUUUCUGACCCAGAGAAUUUGUUUUUGAAGCAGGGGAUAGCAAACUUCUCUGCAGAGGUGGUUUCACUAAAAAGACUCAUAGCCACACAUCAGAUCUCUGCUUCAGACUCCGGGUAAAUUACUACUGAGAAAGCUGUGGGCGCUUAGGAAGAUGUCAUUUGCGAUAGAUUGAGUACGUUUUGUAUUAGGCUGAAUUUUCACUGGACCUGUGAUGUCAUUUCACUGUAAUGUUCACAUGUUGUCUGUUGGGCGUCUCUUUGUGCACAAAUUCUUAACGAACAUUAGAUCGUGUUAUCACUGUGUAUAGUCGAAUAGUCCACGCAAAGGCUGUAUAUCUUGAACAUUAUUUUUGUUGUUCUGUUAUAAAGUAUGUAAGUUACCAGUUUCAAUAAAGGAUUGGUGACAAGCACAGAA